GGCAGGGUGCCAGUCAGCAUGACCAGUGUGCAUUGACUCCAUUUAAUGAAAGCCAGGAAAGAACACAUUACACAGUGUUUCUUCAGAGAGCCAGCUAGCCUUCAGUGAUUGCAAUCAAUAAAAACACUCUGCAAGGGGCCCACAGGGGGAGAGACCGAGAGACACAGAUUGAGAGAGAGGGAGAGAUCUCUGCUCAGCUCGCCUGACACUCUCUCCCUUCCCCCUCCAACAAAAACAAGUGGAACUUUUGGAAGUCAGAAUACAAGCUGGUCUCCUUUCAGAAGACAGAACAGCUCGGCGGUCUCUCCUCACGUAGGUCCAUGCCAAGAACGGUGGGGACCGAGCUCGGGAUGACUUCUUUUCAGCCCGGGAUGUGAAACUUCCAACGAGUGCUGCAUCCGCAACACAUCCCAUUCCCGGAGACGGCGAGAAGGAGGAAGCCAUGGGAUGGGAUCCAGUGAAACAAUUACAGGAUGGGUGAUCUAUCGGCAUUUACCAGAAGCUGCACCCAUUCACUUCCAAGAGGCUGCAUGUGCCAGGAGGCCGCCUUUAAAGCUCAGCUGGUGACCAGCUAAGAAGCCACUGACCUGUAUCACUAUGUGGAGUUGUGAAGAUUUUAAUUACACCGACAACAACCAAGACCAGCGUUUGUGCCAUGAUUUCCACCUUGUUCUCUUCAUCUUCUCCAUCUUCUACCUCAUCGUCUGUUUCCCAACCAGUCUCUGCUACAAUGUGCAGCUUGUGCUCGUUAACUUAUAUAACAAGGCGACUAUGACCAUGCCAGAUGUCUAUUUCGUGAACAUGGCCAUCGCUGGACUGAUCAUCAAUGCCGUGGCUCCGGUCUACCUUCUAGGGCCUGAGUACACCAAGUGGUCACUGUGGAGCUUCGGGAACGAGGUUUACAUCACUUUACUGAUUCUUUUUAACGUGUCGUCUUUGGUGAUCAUGUACUCGACGACUUUGCUCAGCUUGGAUUACUACAUAGAGUGUGCCCUGCCAAGGACAUAUAUGUCAAGUGUCUACAACACGAAGCACGUGUGUGGGUUCAUUUGGGGUGGAGCGGUGCUGACUAGCUUCUCUUCGCUCCUCUUCUACAUCUGCAAUCAUGUCUCUACCAAAAUCAUUGAGUGUUCAAAAAUGCAGAAUCGAGAGGCAGCUGAUGCCAUCAUGGUGCUCAUUGGGUAUGUGGUGCCAGUUCUUGCAGUACUUUACGCUAUGGUGCUCAUCUUGCAGAUGCGGAAAGAAACAACUCCCCUAGACCAGGACUCGGGUAGACUGGACCCUUCAGUCCACCGCCUGUUAAUUGUCACUGUCUGCACACAGUUUAUUUUAUGGACGCCAUAUUACGCCACCCUCAUGGUAAACACUUUUACAGACGUUCGCGUGAAGUCCACUGACCAUCGUUUCAUGAGGACAUUUCACUUCAUUGAAGGACUCGCCAGCUUCUUGGCCUUUUCAAGCAGCGUCGUCAUACCUCUAUUACACAGGCAUAUUAACAAAAACUUUCACAACAAGUUACAGAGGUUGCUUAAAAAACUGCACUGUGGGAGUCAGGGGCUGCCCGCAUGAGCGCACGGUAGUCCAGCAGGUGAUGACUUAAGACAUAAGCUCCAGAUGGUAUUACGGUUAUGCGGUCCUCCACCAGUAUGUCCUUGUAAAUGAGUGGAUCAAGGGUGGAAUUGUUUUAGCUUUGAGCCUUGGCAUGACCACACAGCACAUAUCCUAAUUCAUGUACGGAUUAUCUUAAUUUGUUUAAUCCUAAUUAUGAAAACUGGUUAUAUACUGGCAUGUUUAAAAAAAAGUGCUUGAAGCUUAUAUUAUAUAUGGUGGAAAGGGGGACCGAGAAGUAGAACGAGGGCUGUAGCCUAAGAGGUGCCAACAAGUUGUGCUCAACAUAGUCUAGGCCUGUGUAGACUAUCUACAUAUUCGAGAACGGACCUGCCAACCAGACAUUUCUUUGCAAAGUUUUAUUGGCAAAGACGGAAGGAAGGAAGGAAGGACGGACAUCUUACGGCUGGACGUUCUCCACGAUUAACUGCAAAGCACUUUGAUACUGUAGAAAAGUAUUAUAUUCUCAUUAACACAGUGUGAAGUUGUCUCCUUGUAAUGGAUGCAACAAGCUAUCUAUAGUUUGACUACUAAGUGAAGAAAGUGAGCGGUUGCCAAGUAGUUGUAACUUUAACCAGAUGAGAGUUUAACUAAACGAGGAUCCAUAAUAAAUCAUGUUGAUGAAGGAAAAGUAAAUGGCUCAGAAUUGAAAUGUUCUUCAUGUAUCGGGGACCUGGCACGCAGACUUCUCCCCAUCACUCACCGAGGUCCGCUAUGUCUACAUUUCAUCUAUAGGAGCCGACAUACAAAUUACACUUCAUUCCCCGGCCCUGUUGUUGCCAGAUAACGCUAUCAUGGGUCCAAGCCACAUGAUUAUUCUACAUUCCUGAUAGAAUUCUUGCCUAGCAGUAAAUGCCACAUGCUUGGCAGCUAAAAAAAAUAAAGUGCAAAAAGAUUUUAAAAGGUAAAAGUCGAGACUUACACGAAAAGGCUGCUAACCACGAUAUAAAUGUAUAAGUACAAAUAAACUGCUAUCACUACACAUACAGAAUUAUUGUCUUGCAUUUUGUGAUCCCCCAAAAAAUACGGAUGACGUUUGUGUUGCAUUCAAUUUUUUGGCGCAUAGCCCUUGUAACCAUGCCUAUUCUUGUCCGCGAAACGGACAAGAAUAGGACAUGUUCUAUCUUUUUUGCCGUUCUGCGGAACGGACGUACGGAUGUGGUGUGCUGUCUGAAUUUUUUGAGCCCCUACUGAAAUGAAUGGGUACGCAUCCGACCUUCUAAAAAUGUAGAGGGAAUGCGGAGCAAAAAUACGGUCAUGGCACCUUAGGCCUCAGGCAUCCGACUGUAUUUUUCAUCUGUGUCCUGAUCAGUUUUUCAAACUGAUGCUGGGCGCUGACCUUGGCUGAUAGACAGCAUGGCUGGAAACCUUAGAAAUAAGGUUCAAUACAAAAUAAAAGUCUUAAAAACUUUCUAGUUUGCAGUGUUUUCCGGUUUUCUGAAUGCGUGUAGCCAGGUAAAGAAUGGACGUUUCAUUCUGAUUGCUAUGGCUACGUCCAUGGACAUGUAUAUAGGUGCUCAUGCAAAUACACUGGGGCGACUUUCGCAUCAGUUUUUUUGCAUUAAAAAGUGGCAAAUUUUGACAUAAUGAAGAUGAAGGGAUAACGGAGGCAGCGGUCAGAUCAGUGUGUCUGUCAGGGUCUUCUCAAAAGACACCGCUGAGGAGCAGAUUAAGAAAGGUCCUUGGAAGACUAUGCCCUGCCGUGGUUAGGUUCACCUCUGCCGCAAAAUUAUGGUUUUCAGUUCUGGCCUUUGGAAUCGCAGGCAUUUGCCGGACACUGCCGGAGCCCGGCGGUUCCUAUGGUUUCCGGCAGGGAUGCCAGCAAUUUGUGCCACAGAUGUGAACCUAGCCUAAAGAAUAUCGUGACCGGAUAUUGUAAAAUUUCAUACUACACUAGAAGGUCAUUGCCUGAGAGUGAAAUAAUGGAGAUUACAGCCUAAGAUAACCCAAAUUUAUUAGGAGGGGUGAAACAAAAUGGAAGGAAAACUACGAAUAAAAAUAAAAUAAAAAUUAAAAUACAGAUAUUUACAUGUUCCCGGAAGUAGUCACGGCCACGAAAAACUGUGGGGCAGAUUUAAAAAAAAAAAAACAUCCAAAAAGAAAACUGUCUUCGCUGCCCAUAGGUGCACCCUAAAACUAGUGAAUGUCUCUGUUUUUUUCACUGACCCAAGUUCAUUCAAAAUCACUAAUGUGUGAAUAAGCGUCAGUGAUUUCCAUCAGCUAAGCCUCAUUCGGUGCUCCCAUCAUAGUCUAUGGGUGAUAACCACGGAUGCCAUCCGUGUUUCAUGGCUCAUUAGGAAGCUGCACAGUGUCCGUGAAACACAGAUGACACACGGACCCAACGCGGAUUCUUUACUCAGAUUUUCACGGAGGCAUCACUGACCACCUUUUCAAGGAUUUGAGCACGGACACGGACGUGUGAAUGAGGCUUAAUUGUGAGCCAAAACCAAGUGCUGGUCAAAAACACAGAACAGGUGCAGAUCUUUUCCUUAUACCUUAUGUGUGCGGAGACUCCACUCCUGGUUUUGGCUCACAAUCACUGAUCAAACACUGACUGCCUAAACAUAUUAGGACCAAUGGGUCUGUGUGUUGUCCGAGAAAUCCAUGAUUCACUGACGUGUGAAAGAGGCCUAAAGUGAAGAUGAUAAAACGAAGGGCCCAAGCGGUAGCGCCCCCCUCCUGUCACCUGUAAGGCAAACCUAGGUAUGCGUGUGCGGCUCCUAUUUCACGUAUCUCAGACCUUACAUAAGGCCCCAUUCCCAUUACCGUAUUUUUGCUCAGCUUCUGAUCUGCAGACCCAUUAAAUUCAACGGGACAGCAAAAAAGGCGGACAGCACAACGUGUGCUGUCCACAUCAGUAUUUCCACCCGCGUCCCCGCAAAAAAAAAGAUAAAACAUGUCCUAUUCUUGUCCGUUUUACGGACAAGAAUGGGCAUUGUUACAAUGGGUCUGCAAAAAAAUAAAAAAUGGAUGCAACAUGGACGUCAUCUGUAUUUCUUGCAGCUCUGCAUUUUGCGGACCUCAAAAUACAUAGGGUUGUGUGAGAUGCACAUGGACUGCAUCCGUAUUUUUCGGAUGUGAGAUUUGAGGACCACAAAACAGAGAAGGUCGUGUGCAGGAGGCCUAAUACUGUUUGUACCUGAACACUCUCCGGCCUACUAGACUCUGCUACCUCAAACGUCCAUCCCCUCGAGGCUUAGGACUCCACAGCAAAACAAAAAAAAAUCAACAAAAAAACAUCAGGGUCAUUAAAUUGAAUUUUAGAGAUGAAAUACGACCCGAUCUAUGGAUUUAUUUUGUUUACCAAAGAUGACAAUGGAUCCAAUAAAGAGCGAAAAGGCAUUACUAAUAGUGUUUUUACUGUAUUUUUAUCAUUUCUUUCUCACUAAUGUAUCUGUAUAGAAAAGCUAAACUGUGUCUAAUCCUGGGAAAUACUAAUUCCCACCUACUGAUGUAUAAGGAUAGUUUCAGAUGAGCGUGCCUCCGUGUGGGGGGCGUGAUUUCCCGUUAUGGACGCUGCUCCUUUCCCAGGACUGCGCGGCAUUAGGGCCCAUGCACAUGGCCGUUGCCCGUAUUGUGGCCGGCAAACAGCAGGUCCGCGAUAUACGGGCACCGGCUUUGUACACGCCGUAUCACAGAUUGAAUGGAUCUGCAAUCUGGGAGAUACAGUGCGGAACGGAGGCACGGAUCGGAAACCCACGAAAGCACUACGGAGUGCUUCCAUGUGUUUUCUGUCCGUGCCUCCGCACCGCAAAAAAGCGGUGCAUGCACUACUUUUUUGCAGUGCGGACCCCAUUCAAGUAAAUGGAUCCUGCGUCCACAUAUAAUGGCCCUACGGUCGGUGCCCGGUACAUUGUGGACCGCAAUUUGCAGCACGGGCCCGGGUGCAUGAGCCCUUAUAAUGAUUUAUAAUGCUGUGUGUCUCUGUCCGACCUUGCAUCUACUGAAUAAUACUGAGAGCAUUAUGUCAGUACAGUAGGCGCAAGGUCGGACAGAGACACACAGCAUUAUAAAUCAUUGCACUGCUGUGCGGUCCUGUGAAAGGAGCAGCGUCCAUAACGGGAAAUCACGCCCCCACACGCUAGUCUAAGUUUACCCUAAACCAAGCUGUUUCUGGCAUGGCAAAUAUGCCGAGUGGAGUAUUGUAUGUGACGAAUGUCCUUAGCAUGUCCCUGCUAUGUACAACCCACGGCUCUGGCUCCGAAGACGUGGCAUUAUAUCUCCCAACGUGAUGUAUUAUGAUGUCAACCCAAUUAAAAUAUUGUUUCUGAGCGUC